CCGAGCACUCAGCACACCUUGUUCAUACCCUAUACUUACUGCAUAUAUAUUCCUGUCUUCAUUCAGCUUCACGACCACUCAUUCUUUAACCAACAUCCAACCGACUGGAGUCAAUAUGCACGACGAAUCCGCCUCGGAUUACUGUCCGCCCACCCCAGACACAAGUAGCCUCUACCAUGCCAAUAGUAACGUGGACGACCUCACUCUAGCUUUAACGAAUAUCUCCCAAGUACCAUCCUUGGAGUCCCAGCAGAACGUGUGUUGCUGUUGUAAUAGCACCGAGUGUCAAGCGACGAAGAGUUGGCUGGACCUGAAGGAGAAGCUCGAGAAACGGUUGCAUCUCAGCGCAGAGGUUGGCUCUGCCCUACUACAGCGGCAUGAGGCAUACGUCCGUCGACAUGAGUCUGAUGUGCAUACGCCGCGCCGCGCUUCAGAAGAUCUCGCGGAUGAGUCACUUCAAGACAUGCAUAGUGGAUUCGAUUCGCCUUUGGCUGACCUGAUGAAAGAUAAUGCCGUCUUGGAGAAGCGACUAACGCAAGCAUUAUUAAAUAGCGAAGUAGCCGAGGCUUCACAUAAGACUGUACUCCAUGAACUAGAGGAAGCUCGGAUGUUGGUGACGCGCCUGACUGCAUAUCAAGCACGUACUGUAGGGAUUGAUUCUCGACUGGCUGCUACUCUCCAAGAGAAUGAUGACCUUCGGCAAGAGCGAGACAGCCAAGCACAGAGGGAAAAGACUGCAGAAGCACGUAUUGCUGCUCUCAAGGAUCGUACUGACAAACUACAAGCUGAAGUUCGUCGCUUGCAAGCUGACCUCGAGCUUCGACGCUUGCAACGAUUAGAAUCGUCAGAAUCUCUACUACAAGAUGUCCGCUCUCGCUUGGAAGGUUUUCAUCACACGCAUACUAGCUCGGUACUGGAGUCGCUAGUCUCUGAUAAUGAGCUUCUCACCGAUUCUAGAGAAGACCUUCAAGUGCUACAAUCACAAGUGGAGGAACACAACAUCUUCACACCUCCAAUACGAGGAAGUGGCCCAUCGUCAUUUAUCCGAGAUUCGUUGCUGAACUCUGUCAAACGUCCAUUGAGCAUGGAGCCAAGGGCUCGUCGUGUCUUUGAGCCGCUGACCCCCGAGACCAGCCAGCGUCCACUUUCCCCAGCAGACUCGAUGGUUCCCUCAGAAACGAAGUAUUCUAGUCUGCGCCCACAAUCCCCGCCUUCUCACUUCAGCUUCGAUGCGGACGAGUAUGAUCUCGAUCACAACUCGCUGCUCACCAAUCCCAAUCAGCAUUCCAAGGCAGUGCAGACAGAUCGCUGGUUAGGGUUGCGUCCAACGGCACAGCUGACGCCAUCUCUCAACGAGCUUGUAUCGUCCUUUCCUCAUGAUGGCCGAUCAGAUUCUUCCUCGUUGCUUGACGGUCAACCCACGCACCUCUCUGCCCUUCUAGAGCGCGUGAUGUCACUCCUGUCGCGCAUGUCGCAGGCAGAUGCGCUGACGCUGACGAAGCGCUUGAAACGCCAGCAUCUACGUGGUGCGGACGUUAAGCACCUAUCACGCACGACAGUAAGCAGCAUCCUCUCGGAGAUCACCCAACUGCGUGCACAGUACCGCAUGUUGCUUGAGGAUGAGAAGGUUACCCUCCUGUGCUCCCGGAAGGAUUUGCGUGGGCUGUUCAAGCUCUUCAAGGACAUGUUUGAGGAACUUGGUCAGAUGCGUGUCACGCUGAAUGAUAUCAUUCUAGAACCUUCUAUUGCACAGAGGGUCAGUGAGAUGUCACUGGAUCCUGCAAAGGCCGAGGCCAUGGAGAGGGAGAGGAAGGCAUCCGGACCAGGCUCAAGUUGGAUGGCCCCAUUCUCGAAGUUGUUCGGUUCAUCAUUAAGCGAAUCAAGCACUCACUCUUCUCAACCGCCCCUCAGACCUGAGAGUCGAGGUCGUGGGAUCAUUCGUCAGCCACGUCCGGUGCCAAAGCUGGGUCCAGCACUUGCUGCAUCGACUACAAUAGUUAAUGUCGAAUUUUCGGGGGCGGGUGUUGGCAAGUCUGUAACAAGCACGUUCUCCGCUCAUCCUACAAAUGAAGUAAAUCCGUUCGGCACGAUGUCUCGCGCCGAUAUCAUUCCUCGCCCGUCCACGUCAACAUCAGCGGGCUCAAACGUACGCAGCGUCAUGGGCAUCUUCGCGGGUGCACCCCACCCGGAUGAUGCCGCAGAUCCAUGGGUAGUGCUUCCCCGUGGUCCUCGCCGUGUCCGUUCCACAUUCUUCAGGUCAGACGAGCCUUCGCAAAGCGGCACCGCAACCAUCGAGAGAUCCGUCAUGUGCAAGCGGAGCAAUUCGCACCUGUCACGCGGGAUGGACCCCGAUGCUGAUCUAGAGCAUGACGAAGCAAACGAUAUCCCUGGACCCCUCCUCGAGCGUACCCUGCGCCGACGGGGUCUUUCAGACUCUUCUAUUCACUCGACGUACAUGAGUCAGGCCGAACACAGUACACCUGUUGAGCCUAGCACCGGCGAGUCAGUAUUGCAGACCCUCAGCAGGACAAUGAGAAACUUCAGUUUCGCUGCAAGCCAGAUGGGAUCGAGUUCCGUGACAUCGCCACCAACCAUUCGCGUGCCGGGAGUCAAGGAGGCUGGUUCGCGUGAAGGUCUUGACAUGCCACGUCCUCAUCCUCGCAGAGCAGCUACUCCAACGCUAUCGUCACUCGUGCCAAACUUGAACUUAGCAUCGUGGGCUGCGGGCGGCGCUACGGUAGAAAAUCCGCACUCGAGGUCGCGAGCAAUGUACUAUGGCAGCGUCCGAGACGACUCCGUCAUGCCCCGGCCACGGGGACGGGAAGAUUAGAGGAGUAUUGAAUCUGACAGUGCUGACAAGCGUAAUUGACAUUUCGUGCAAUAUUUGGGAAGUGUAAUCUAUUUAUGGGACAUGCAUACAGUGCAGUGCUUAGUUUAAUCACCCCCCCGUCAUGAUACUUUCCUCUCAUUACAGUAUUAUUGUAUCAUAAGUAUCAGGUGGAACAGUGCAUAAUCGUCGACAUUCUAUUGCGUGUAUAAUCAAGAGCUAUU